CAAAAAAAAAUCAUAAAGUUUUUUUUGAAGAUAAAGAUUUUCCCUAUUCUGGAGUUCCUUUUAUUAUAUCUUCACAGUCUACUCUUGACUGUCAACAAGGGAAAGACCGAAAUGUUAAAGUAAAGGCUGAGUACAGAGAGAAAAAAAAAUGAUGAAGCAGCAAGAGACCAUUCUUGUAGAAAACAUAAAAAUAUUGUGCAAGUUACAAAGAAAUUCGAUUGCCCUGCAAAGGUUCACAUAAAAGAAAUACUAGAAUUUCCAGAGUUUAAGGUUUAUAGAGAUUCUGAAUGGCUCAGGAAAGACACAUCAAAAAAACUCCGUUUAGCUUUGACUGGAAACAAAAAUAUGAUAGUGUCUAGAAAGUAUGUCUUGAUUAUACCAGAUAUUACUGUGCACAGAAACCAUUUAAUUGGCAAUGCAGCAGGUCUCAUUCAACCUAUUUCAGACGAACUUGUUAUCAAAAUUGGAGAACUAGUUAAAGUUGGAGUAAAUAGUGUAACAGAGAUGAGGCGGCAUCUGGAGAACUUUGUUCACAUCAAUUUUAGUUCAAGAAGUAUGCCAAAUAAAUCCAACAAACGCUUUUUCCCGUUGGAUGAAACUAUCCGCAACCAUAUGCUAAAAGCUAGAAAAAAAAUGUGUCACUCCCUAAUAGACCAAGAGUGUUUAAAUAAAAAGGUAGCAGAAUGGGCAAAUAAUUAUAAAGAAGCUUUUAUAAAGUUUCGUCCCAAAGGUGAAAACAAUUUAGAGGACAAUAAUCAAGACCUUCAAAAGUCCUUGUUGUUCAUUUUUCAAGAUAAAUGGCAAAGAAGGUUACUCUUGCGUUAUGGCAAUGAGCUAUCAUUUCUUGAUGCAACAUACCGAACUACUCGAUAUGCACUUCCUCUCUUCUUCCUAGUUGUAAAAACUAAUGUUGAUUAUCAAAUAGUUGCCAUUUUUGUAUGUGAAAAUGAAACAACAGAAGCCAUUAAAGAAGCACUAAUAUUUAUUAAAAAAUGGAAUCCUUCAUUCCAACCUAAAUACUUUAUGACAGACUAUUCAAAUGAAGAGAUAAAUUCACUUGAGUCAGUGUUUCCCGAAUGUAGUGUAUUUAUUUGCGAUUUUCAUCGUGAGCAAGCUUGGGAGCGUUGGCUAUCGAAAUCUAGUAAUGGGUGUUUAAUUGUCAAGGAAGAUGUCAAGGUUAUGUUACGUCGAAUAGCUCAUUCAAAAACAAUUGAGAUUUGUAAAGAAGCUGAAAAAGCAUUAAAAGAUUCAUCUGAGUAUAAUAAUCAUCCAAAACUAAAAGAGUAUUUAAAAAAUACUUGGUUGUGUAUCAAAAAGAGAUGGGUAUCCGCAUACAGACAAGAUAGACUUUUGCUGAAUGUGAAUACCAACAACGGAAUUGAGCGUCAAAACCAAAGUUUUAAAUACAGUUUCUUAGAAAAAAGAAAAAAUUCUUCCCUUACCGCUAUGCUUAGCAUAUGCAUUGAAGAAUUCCUUCCACACAAGUAUGACAGCUAUACCAAUGAAAACACAAGAGCUAACUCAUCAUACAGAAAGUACCAUGAGAAAAUACCAAUAUAUUUAACUAAUCGCCCACGCCCUUUGGUUAAUCAUUGCAUGCGAAUGAUUGACAAAUUACAUGGUGUAGAUCUAACAGGAAUUAAUGCUGUGACAGAUAAAUUAUAUAAUGUUGCAUCAUUGAAGUCUAAUAAUCGGGUAAUAUACCAGUGCUAUCUAGGUGAUAAUGAAUGUUUACCAACUUGUUCUUGUCCAUCAUGGUUUAAUUCUGCUUAUCCAUGCAAGCAUUUUUUUGCUAUAUUCUUAAAAGAAAAUCUAUCUUGGUCUGCUUUUGGUAUGGCUUAUCGAAAUUCUCCUUAUUUUGUUUUGGAUUUAUUGUCAGAAGAAAGUAGUCUAACAAAUACUGAAUAUUGUCCGGGUUCCGUUUAUUUUGUUAAUGAUUCCACAAAUGUCAAUGACAAUGCAGAACCACAAACAAUAGUUGAUUCAGAUCAAAUUAGACAAACAUUACCAAUUAAUAAUAAUCAACCAUUUAAAACUACUUACCACACUGCAGCAGAAUGUAGAGAAUUAUUGAAUGAAAUUAGUCAGCUGUCAUAUUUAUGUGACUCACAAAAAAUAGAUACUUUAUUUGAAGAAUUAUUAAAAGUUAAAAAAUGCUUGUCUGAAAGUCUUCCAACGGAAACAGGGAUUCUUCUUCGUCCAGUAGUUAAACCAGAGACUUGGAGCAAGUCUGAAUCAAAGUUGCCAAAACUUAUUAACAUCCCAGUUACACAAAAAAGAAAAACGAUGAAACGAGUUGGUGCUAGAUAUGACUUAUGUAAAGCAGCCAAAGAAAUUUGUGUAAAAGUGGAAAAGUCAGAAUCUUGUUAUUCUGAGAUUGUUACUGAUUACUCAAUUGAAGAAAAUUGCAAAAUCUUUACAGUUAGCCAUGAGUCAAUUAAAGAAACUACAUCUAUUGAAAACAACAAACACCUUCAAGCCACCAUAAGCCAAGUUAAUAACGAUGUCCAAUUUCAAACUAAGUUUCAAUGUAUUCAAAGUCUCAAAUCGUCCUUGAUUGGUGAAGCUGAACUAUUUGAAAUUGAAAAAUGUCAAAUGCUUAAUGACAAAAUUAUUCAUUUUAGCCAGUAA